UAAAGGAGGAGACAAAAGUGAAUAUAUGAAAAUUUACCGUCAAAAAAAUAAACAAAUGUUGCAUGAAAAAAAUCGAAAUUACUAUGAGAAAAAUAAAGAAAAAACUAGGAAAAAUAUGAAGAUUUACUACCAGGAAAAUAAGGAAAGAAUACGGAAAAAACAGAAAAUGUAUUAUAAAAAUAAUAAGGAAAAGCGUAAUGAAUACAAACGAAAAUACCGACUGAAAAAGAAAAACAUUCAAUCUAAUAAUAAUGAAGGAACUUCAUCUGUUAAUCAACAGACUGGUGAUUCAGUUAAUAAAGGUAAAUUGCCAAAUGUUUGCGAGGAGCUAGGAAAUCUUUCCAAUCAAGAGGAGGAAGAAUGGAAUAAUUUUGAGGACGAACAAAAUCCAAUCGAGGUAGAAGAGCCGAAUAAAAUUUUUGAAGAUGUCAUAAAGAAUAAAGAUUUAAAUAAGAAAAUUCAUUUUUUUGAUUUGAACGAAAAACCUGAGGAUGAAGAAUGA